AUGGGAGGGCGGUGGGAGAGGGUAUCCCCAGCGGCCCCGUACUGGGUGAAGCGCCCCAGAGCGGGAUCUUCGGGCCGGGGAGACGGCGAAACUCGACUGUGUGGUGGGGGCAAACCCCGGCCCCGCCUCGCCUGGAGCAUCAGCGGGGUCCCCAUCGACGAUCUGCCCCCCUCGGGCCGGCGGGAGCUGCGUGGGGGGGCCCUGGUGCUGUCCCGGCUCGAGCCCAACGACUCGGUGGUCGCUCAGUGCGAGGCCUCCAACCGGCACGGGCGGCUCUUGGCCAACGCCUUCGUCUACGUCGUGGAGCUGCCGGUGAAGAUCCUGACCCCGGACUCGCAGCUCUACGCGGUGGUGGAGAACCAGACGGCUUUCCUGCACUGCCAGACCUUCGGCGCCCCCGCGCCCACCGUGGAGUGGCUGGGCCCCGGGCUGGAGCCGGCCCUGCAGGACGACCGAGCCUUCGCCUUCACCAACGGGACCCUCCGGGUGGGCCCGCCCAGCCGAGGACCAGGGGCUUCACCUGCCGGGCCCACAACGCCCACAGCAACGCCUCCAUCGUGGCCCACCUCGAGGUCAGAG